GGGCUGGCGGCUGACCUCAAGCCGCGAGGGGCGGCAGAGGCGCUGCGAGCCGGGGUCAGGCUGGGAAGCAGCCGUGACAGCCGGAGGCCGGAUCCCCGGUGUAGGAGAUGAAGCUCCGCAGUGAGCGGUGUAAAAUGCUCCCUUGAGCAGGGCAGGUCAGCGCCCAGCUCCGGGCUGGGGGGCUCCGCGGGUCUGGUGGGUCACGCGCUGAACGUGAGUCGGGGUAACGCUGUUGCAAAAAGAAGACCCAUGUCAUGUUAGAAAGUGUGUUCAUAGGCGUAUCGUGUGUGGCAGCUGGGAAGUGGUAGCUCCACUCUUCUUGGCACUGCUGAGGCCUCCGGUGUGGCCAGUUCUGGGUGCUACACUAAGAGAGCAACACACUGUUGAGAGUCCAGAGGAGAGCAGUAAAAAGAGCCGUUUAGAAAACCUGACCGAGGAGGAAAGGUUGAGAGAGAUGGAAGUGGCAGUGAGCUAGCAUCUUAACGUGUGUAGGUGGUGUGUCGAGAAAGCUGACUGACACCCGUUGGGAUGUUUCUUCGGUUACUGUCAGAUGUCCGGUGGCGGACAGCCAGCCCAAGAUGGAGAAGCCUGUCCAGCUCCCGGCACAUGACCACAUCUGCGGCAGAGCCUCCCCCCAUUUCCCUGCCAGCUCAGGCACAGGUGGUAAUCUGUGGUGGUGGAAUCGUGGGCACCUCCAUUGCAUACCACCUCUCCAAGCUAGGAUGGAAGGAUAUAGUCUUACUGGAACAGGGCAGGCUGGCUGCUGGCUCCACUCGAUUCUGUGCUGGCAUUGUGAGCACAGUCAGACACUUGUCCAUAGAGCUGAAGAUGGCUGACUAUUCAAACAAGCUGUAUGAGCAGUUAGAACAAGAGACAGGAAUCAAAACAGGUUACGUGAAGACAGGCUCUAUCUCACUGGCUCAGACUCAGGAUCGACUGAUCUCCCUGAAACGCAUUGCCUCAAGGCUCAGUGUAAUGGGAAUACCUUGUGAAAUCAUGGCUCCAAAACGAGUGGCACAACUACAUCCACUAAUCAACAUUCAUGACCUUGUGGGUGCCAUGUAUGUGCCAGAGGAUGCAGUCGUAUCAUCUGCCGAUGUGAGUCUUGCUCUGGCAAAUGCUGCCUCUCGAAAUGGUGUCCAGAUCCAUGAGCGGACAAGCAUCAGCCAUGUCAUGGUCCAGAAGGGUUGCGUGACUGGAGUGGAGACUGACAGAGGACAGAUUGAAUGCCAGUAUUUUGUCAACUGUGCUGGGCAGUGGGCCUACGAGCUGGGUCUCUCCAGUGAGGAGCCGGUCAGUAUCCCGCUGCACGGCUGUGAGCACUUUUACCUCUUGACACGUCCCUUGAAGAAGCCACUAGAGAGCAACACACCAACUAUCGUGGACCCAGACGGCAGGAUCUAUAUCCGCGGUUGGCAAGGUGGCAUCCUCUCGGGAGGCUUUGAGAAGAACCCCAAGCCCAUCUUUACUGAGGGCCGGAACCAGCUUGAGAUUCAGAAUCUGCAUGAGGACUGGGAUCACUUUGAGCCACUGCUGAGUUCUCUUCUGCGGAGGAUGCCGAGGUUGGAGGCUUUGGAGAUCAUGCAGUUAGUGAACUGCCCAGAAUCCUUCACUCCAGAUAUGCGGUGCAUCAUGGGAGAGUCGCCCACGGUACAGGGCUACUUCGUCCUGGCUGGAAUGAACUCGGCUGGCACCUCUUUCGGUGGAGGAGCAGGCAAGUACCUGGCUGAGUGGAUGGUAAAUGGUUGCCCAUCAGAAAAUGUUUGGCCACUGGACCUGAAGCGCUUUGGUGCCCUUCAGAGCAGUCGCACCUUCCUCCGUCACCGCGUCAUGGAAGUAAUGCCCCUGAUCUAUGAUCUGAAGGUUCCCCGUUGGGACUUCCAGACUGGCAGGCAGUUGCGUACUUCCCCUCUGUAUGAUCGCCUGGAUGCCCAGGGAGCCAGAUGGAUGGAAAAGCAUGGAUUCGAGAGACCCAAGUACUUUGUCCCACCAGGGAAAGAUCUGUUGGCAUUGGAUCAGAGCAAGACCUUCUACAAACCAGAUUGGUUUGACAUUGUGGGGUCAGAGGUCAAGUGCUGUAAGGAGGCUGUGUGUGUAAUUGACAUGUCAUCUUUUACCAAGUUUGAAAUAAGUUCCACAGGGGAUCAGGCACUGGAGUUUCUGCAGUAUCUCUUCUCGAAUGACCUGGAUGUGCCAGUUGGGCACAUUGUGCACACAGGCAUGCUCAAUGAAGAAGGAGGGUAUGAGAAUGACUGUAGCAUUGCACGAUUAAAUAAGCGCAGCUUCUUCAUGAUUUCUCCUACUGACCAGCAAGUCCACUGCUGGGCCUGGCUCAAAAAGCAUAUGCCUAAUGACAGUAACUUGCUCUUGGAGGAUGUGACCUGGAAGUAUACCGCUCUCAAUCUGAUUGGCCCUCGUGCAGUGGACGUGCUGUCAGAAUUAUCCUAUGUCCCGAUGACUCCAGAACACUUCCCCUCUCUCUUUUGCAAGGAAAUGAGCGUGGGGUAUGCUAAUGGGAUCCGUGUGAUGAGCAUGACACACACAGGAGAACCUGGAUUCAUGCUAUACAUCCCUAUAGAGUAUGCUCUGCAUGUGUACAAUGAGUUGAUGAACGUGGGACAGAAGUACGGGAUCCGGAAUGCUGGCUAUUACGCACUGCGCAGCUUACGCAUUGAAAAGUUCUUUGCGUUCUGGGGCCAGGAUCUGGACACUUUCACCACCCCCUUGGAAUGUGGACGAGAGUUCCGGGUGAAACUGGACAAGGGGACUGAUUUCAUUGGCCGGGAUGCACUGAUGCAGCAGAAGCAGGACGGCGUAUGCAAGCGCUUCACCAUGUUCAUCCUGGAGGAUCAUGAUACAGACCUAGAUCUCUGGCCCUGGUGGGGGGAGCCCAUUUACCGCAACGGACACUAUGUGGGCAAGACCACCAGCAGCGCUUACAGCUACACCCUGGAACGCCAUGUCUGCCUGGGCUUUGUGCAGAACUUUGACGAGGAAACCAGGGAGGUGUUGCUGGUGACACCCGACUUCAUCAACCGGGGCGAGUAUGAGAUUGACAUUGCUGGGCAGCGCUUCCAGGCUAAAGCCAAGCUCUACCCGUUCAGCUCCCUCUUCACACAGCGUCGCCGCAAGGACGAGAUGGAAUUGAGUGGCUACCAUGGGAAGUAGAACCACCUGGCCCCACCCCUUCUCCAUAAUGGGAGUCUCUGUCACCAUCCUCCUCUCCUUCCCCACGAUCUCCCUCAUUCUUCAACCUAUACGGUUCCACUUCCUCUUCCCCCUGCUCUUUCCAUUUUUAAACCUUUUCGGUGUGUGACACUUUGUACAUUGUAGAACUAAUUUUUCAAACCCUUCCACCCUCUCAUCCAGUCUCUCUCACCCCCUUACUCCUUCCCAUGCCAUGUUUCCACAUCUCCCUCCCCACAUGGCAGCAGCGUGGUGUUGAGUGUACAUCCGAAAGCCCAUAUGGGAGCAAGCACCUCCAGAAACCCUAGGCUGUACCCCAAUGGCUGUUGCGAGGGGUGCAAGUGAAGUCUUAAGGACUGUACCCCUCCCAUCCCCCUGCUGCCUACAGCCUAGAACAGGAGGUGUUUGCUGGCCUGUAACUCUGUUUUUCUGUCCCCUGGCUAAACCUAUUGGUGUAACCUCACCUGUGAGUUGCAGUGGAGAGGCCAGAUCUACCAUAGGGUGCACACACGGCCAACUAGGGGGUUCCUUCUUGCCAGCCAGUUCCUCCGAGGUCCUCCAGUCCACAAUUCAGAGGGGUCAGUGCAUUGAUACACAGAGCAAUAGAAUGAUCAGCUACCUCACUGGCACCACACAAGACGUAACAACGUUGUGUGGCCAGCAGCGAACAGGCAGGUUUUGGUGGGUUCCAGGCCAUCACCGCCCUCCUCUUUUUUCCUUCCAGGGAGUGAGUCUAAGAGGCUUGAUCGUGAGGCUGUGCAAGUGACAAAAUAGCACUGAUAAGUUUCCUCUUCUGAGUUGGGUCAUUGAAAGGGAAUGGCUUUCUCUGAGUAAGUGAAGAUCAACAUAUGCACUUCACUCUUACAAAGGGACAGAACUUUGUAUUUUUAUUCUCAGUGAAAAUGUCUAUCUCCAACAAUGACCGAGACACUGGACUCCUGGCUACUUAUGGCACUAUUGCAAUGCUGCUUUUGUUUCAGCUGCACAGUGGAUUCUCUGUGGAUUCUCCUCCUUUCUCCUUUGUUUUGCUUUGUGUAUUUGAGCAAGUACAAUUGUCUGGCUUACACACCAACCAUUAGAGUUGGAUGUGAGGAUUUUGUUAUUUGGGAAACUAGAGCAGAGGAAGGGAUGGAGUCUUGCAUUUUCAGCCAGCUGGGGCCAGCAGCAGCCUUGGAGCAACAUGCUGGUGACCACUGGGAGAUUAGAGUUGAGGGCCCAAGUUUGGUUCCUUGAACCUAUGAUGCUCUGAGUGCUGCAGAGGCAAAACGCUAUGCUCCUGAUAAGGGUGGCAAUGUCUUUCAGCUAUGCCCGCUGGCCCAUAGCGUGUUUCCUGCCCUUCUCCUCAGAUCUGUUGCAUAUCUGUCUUCCCCAUCACAAUAAUACCUCAGUUGAAGGUAAUUGAUUCACUAUGCAGGGCCCUGCGGUUAGAAGAGAAAGUGAGUAAGGAUCUUUGAAUUGCCUUGCCUCGGCAAAAUCUCUCUGCACAGUCAUCAUGCAGAACCUCACACAGACACUUCAGACUACAGAGCUGGGAUCCACCCACUCUGAAGGUGACAGCUCUGCACUGAUUACAAAUAGUUAUGCUGGAAUGGGAAAGAAAGUGGAUGAAGAAUGCUAAAUUGUAUCCUAUGGAUUUGUCUCUUAAAUUCUUCCUCCUCCCGUUGUCAGCUAGAUCAGAGUAAUGCAUUUUCUCUUCCCUUAUUUUAAAAUUAUCCAUUAAAACAUCUCCAGUAAACUACCUCCUGCCCCCACACACACUUCUGGUUUCCCCGCUUGGUGGUUCUCAGCAGCCCUUCCACCGAAGGCAGCAUCUUUCUGUCUAGCAAGUAGCACCAUUUGACAUUGUCUGUGGUCACUUAGCUGGCUGAAUUGUUUGUCUUUGAGCCAGGAGCCAGAACUUUACCUAGCUUUGGCACUUGCUUUUCCUGUCAUUGGGUGAGCAUCAGUAACGUUAUAUUUGAGCAUAGCACUACUCGAGACCUGGCUUGGAUUCUUGUCUUUUGAAGUUUUUCUCCUUUUCUGGCUUCCAUCAAGUCUUUGUCCUGCUAGUGUAGAGGUGGUAAUGUCCCAGACCUUCCCUCCCAUACACUGGAAGCUGGCUUUUUGACUUCUGCUGCUGGAGGUAGUAAGAGCAGGCGAGGUGGGAGACUGACACACUUUAAUUGUAAAGAACUGGCUGUCAGAGGAGGCUUCCCAAAUGGUAAAGUGUUGUGCAGCUUUCACAGCUUCUGGGAGUGGAGCACGGGGAGGGGCAUGGACUAGAGAAGGAACUGGGGACUCAAAUGACAGCACUUCUUGGCAGGAUCUCUGUUGGCAGGCAGGAGGGAACACAGAGUGGGGUCUGCAUUGUGGUAGGACAUGGAUACACUUGCUGUGGAUGGCUGUUUUCUUCCUGCAGUGGCUUCUUUUGUAAACAGCAGUUAAUACUAUUCUAAACGAAGAAUAAUAAUAAUAAUGUCUCCUCCUUCAGGAUCCCCAAGUGACUUUCACACGAAUAGCUUCCCUCAUGGCUUGAAAUGGAACCACUUUUGGGGUGGAACGUCGCAGCCAUUUGACAGGACACAGAAGCAGUACUGGACAUAAUAGUUUGGUUGUGGAGGAAAUUAUUGUAUCUCGCUAAUACCGUUUAGCUAAAAUUCCUCUAGCAGUGUUAUCACCUGAAUUGGAAUUUGGCCAGUGUACCAGGGUUAGCACCCCAGUUUUAACUAAAUGUGCCAUAAGGUCUUUCAUGGCAAAGUGGUCAGGGUGUUCGUUUUACAGCCACUCCAUAACAUUUACAUCCCCCAUGCUGGGGCAUUUGUUCAGUACUGAUUCAGAAGAAUGCCACCUAGUAAAUCCACCAAUACUACUUUCUGCAGCACAUGUGGUUCUCCUUGGAGGUCUCCUACAAAGUACUGAUCAGUCCUGACCUGUCUUGUGUUAUCUGGCACAUUGCUGUGUCUUUGUUAUAUAGAGUACUGGCUGAUGACCCACAGAAAGUGGUUAUUACUUAGUACCUGGCAAGGUUAAGGAAAACUCCUCAGCCUCCCCUUACUGUAUAGCACCAGGGCACUUCUGCGGUGGAACACAUCAGUCACUUUACACGGUAAGUACUACAUAGCAGUUUAGGAGGGAAAGUGAAAAAUAUUUUAUUCCACAAUGGAGAAUUCUGGGUAGACUGAGUAUAACUAUCUGAGUUUGAAUUGGACCAGAACACUCUUCACUUUCUUAGGAAGAGUGUUAUAGUGUGAAACUUUAAUGACCACAGCUGGUCAGGAGCACCCAAAAAGUCAGUAUCUAUUAGUCUCACAGCAAUAAGGAAUCCCUGAAGAGGAGCAUUUUUUUUAAUAUGGCUUCCCCAUCCCAAAGUGGUCCAUACCUAGGAAGAUAAACUUGUCUCUGUAGCAUGGGUACCUUUUGCCCUUUUGCAGAGUUAAUAGCUCCCUUUCUGUCCAGGUCUAUUUAACCCUGAAGUACCCACAUAUGAGGGUGAAGAUUUUGUAAUGGUGCCACACAGGUAUGCUGUAACUCCAUCCAUGUCUGUCUCUUCCUGCUGGGAUGGUUAAGUGUAACAAUGGUACUAUUUUGAAAUAAGACAGUUUAGCAAUUGGCUGUCUCCCAGUUCAGGCGCACCCAUUCUGGCCUUACCUGUUACGAGUCCUCUCUCUGAAUGGCCUAGCCUCUGUGCCUGUGCUCUUUGAAGUCUCGCCUUUUCCUUGGUAGAUUUUUUUUUUUUCCUUUGGGCUGCUGACGAAUAAUUUGACUUUGGCAACUUGAGUGCUUGCCAGUGGACAGUCACAUGAUGGAUUGUGAAAUACUGUACUAGGCACCAGGAUCAUGCAAGGAGCUUCUACCUUUUCUAUAAUGCUUUCAUACUCUUAAAGGGAAACUGCAGUGUAAAGAUUCUACCUAUUGUAUCUAAUUACAAAGAAUAAAGCGCCUAAGGGAGAAAAAAAAAACAAGUUGGAAGCUGCCAUCUUGGCUUUGAUGCAAAGUAAGACUGAAAACAACCCCUCAUUAAAAAAAAGCAGUGGGAAUCUGAGCUUUGGAGAUGCUGUAACACACAGUUCCAGUGCUGUCUGAUGAAGUUGGCAUUUUCAGUUGUCCCUGACACCACAAGACUGGAAAAAUUUAAGGGUCCCUUCUUCACACUCAUUCUCCCUCCCCCCGCAUAAUAUAUACACCUGUGGAUCACACUUCUGGAGACACUUCCAUCCCUCUAUUUCUGGGGCUGUCCGUUGGUGCUCUGCAGAGCUGGCUGCUCUUUCAGGAUUCCCUUUGGGAACGCUUUUCACCGCAGGACUCGUAUCCUCUCUCUCUUCUCUAUCACUCUCCUCUUGGCUGAUCUCUUUGGCUAUACCAUGGUCUCUUGCAUCACUUCUGUGCUGAUGACUCUCAAUCUACUUCUGCCCAGUACCUCCUCCAGAAUGUCCAACCAUCUCCUCAAACUUAACAUGGCUAAGUCUGCUCUUCACCUCUCCUAUUCCACCUUCUUUCCCCCUUUUCACAUCACACUCUCCUCCUACCCACCCCAGCUCACAGCCUUUACUUUCUUUGACUCCUCUGUUUCCUGCUGUUCUCUCAUCCAAGCUCUCACCAAGUCCGGUUGCUUUUCCCUUUGUAACACAUCUACAUUCCUCCCCCCACUGCCAAAAUCCUGGUUCGUGCCUUGUUCUCUGUAACUACUGUAAGCUCCUCCUCCUGUUCAAUCUAUCCACAGUGCUUCCUUUCCUACACUCCAACCAAGUCCACCCCAAAUCCCUUUAUUGGUCUUUCUGCAUCAAGUUCAAACUUCUCAGCUUCACGAUGCUACACAACUCUGCCCCUACCUGCACCCCACUCUGCCCUCUCUUUGUUUAAUCCUCCCUUUGUCUCCUCCCAAUCCUACCUUCAUGCUGCUUCUAAUGCUGUCCAUACCCCACAUACCCCAUACUUCCCUUUGUCAGUGGGACACAGCAUCCCUCUGCAUUCAGAUCCCUGCUUUCACUCCAGCUAUCUCAGCUGGUUUUCCAUCCACCAUCUGUUUGUUUGCCCUACUGUGUUCUCAGAUGUAAUAUUCUCAUCUUCCAGGAUUCACUCUCGACAUGUCACCCUUGUCCAUUCAUCCCUCCCCAACCUGUUGUGAUUUCCAGAGUUCAUCUAUUAAGAUGGUGAGGGGUCUCGGUCAAGGGAGCAUGUCUGUUUUCUGUGAGUUUCAUGCAGAUUUACAGUGCUAGAUGCCCACUGAAUAAUAAUGAUGAAUGCAGACGUUCACUUUCCACCAUAAACUUCUCUCCAUUGCCUCUCCUUUUACUAGAAGGAAGUCAAGGCAAAUCAGAGGUUAUGAUGGAGCUGCUUGUGUAUGCAGAGCUUGGAGUACCGGUCUCAUUAAAAGGCAAAUUCAUGCAAGUAGUGCCUAAUUCUGAAGAGGUAACGUCAACAUCUGUAAGCCCAGUAUUGGACCAACCCUUUUGUCAUUCAUAAAUUUGCUGAACGCACAUUUGUGUUGUUUUUUUUUAAAAGUUCAGAAGCCCUACAAAAACAAACCAAUAUCUAGGGGUGAAAAGGAAAGUUCCUUCCAAAUGCAAGAGUUUCGUUUAUUGUUAAAACAAAGGCUUAUAUUCUGAUGGGUACAGAAAAAUAUUCAUAAUUUUUCAGAUUUCUGUCAUCCCAGGUUAUUUUUCUAAUUUUUAUCAUAGUGCCUCUGGAGGCAAACAUUUUGGCUAAGUUUGGGAAGGACUUUCAGUUCUACUGACUUCUCUUCAGUCAUCACACGUGUGCAUGUCUGUCUCUCUCUCUCUCUCAGUUUGUAAGGGGAGAAAACCUAAUGCCAUUUAAAGCAAAUUAAUUCAGCUGUUUGGGUUAAGGAAAUCAAUUAAAUCUUAUUUUUUACACUUAAAGAAAAAGAAUAAACUUGCUCAAACAAUUGAUCAUUAAAAACUUGGUGUGCUCAUAGUCCUCAAUGAGCACAGUCCAUGUUGAGCUUGAGGAAGGAAUACUUAACAAGUCUGUAAAUGUCGUAAUGCUUUACAUUAGAUGUUUGUGCCCAGGCGGUGCAUACUGCUGGAUUUGUUACUGCAAGUACUGUACUUGCAGAGCAGGUACAAAUGCCAGCAGGGGCUGUUGAGUAAAUGCUGAAGGCAGUGGAAGUUGCCAGAGAGCGUUUGUUCCUCUUCCUUUGAUGCAGCAGUGGAAUUUGCACAGAAGUGCUGUGGGAAUUCAGUCAGGAGGGAAACACCCAGGCAGAUGCACGGUUUCCGUUUUUGAGCAAAUAUCAGCAGGCAAUGCUUUUUUUCAAGGGUGGAAUUGUGCAAUUAAGGGGGACAGAAAAACACCAGUGUAACUGCUGCUAAGGUCCUUUGCUUAAAGAAAAAGGCGUCCGCUGGCAUAGAACGUGCUUCAUGGCAGGGCCCCAUUGCUUCCGGCUUUUAGAAAACACAAUGAAAUCCUCCAUCUGAAUGUUGCGUUUACACACCAAGCCAGGGCAUUCAGGAGUUAAGGCUUUCAGAGCAACAUGAACCUCGCCAUGUUGCUCUUUUGUCCAGUCGCUUUAUUUAUGCAGGUAACUUCUGGAUUUCUUAACUCCUUUAUAUUUAAAUACUUCAGUUUAUUAUGUUACUAAUGUGUAGGCUUGCAUUGGAGUUGCAAUAUAAAGUGCAAUAUUUCUAUAUUGCUGGUAUACAGUUACUGUCUAAGAUGAUUCACCUAAGAAGGUAUGUGCAUCAAGGGAGAUCAUGAAGGUUAUGGAGAGAAAGGUUUGCAUGGUUGUAUAUGAACAGCUUCCUGACCAAAUGACGACAAACAACUGAUCUUGCCAAGUGUGUGUUUGGUACCCACCUCUGUUACAAAUACACUGGUUAUCCAGGAGCUGCCCCCACAUGCUUAUGGCAGAGUUCUGUUUUGUAGCAUAGAAGGGCCAGUCCCAGGCUCUUGUACCUCUUAGGGACGUGGUCAAGAUCCCUUCUGUGCUACAAAAUCUUUUAAGUGUGUUGGGAGCCAACUGGAUCCCCUUGACUGGACCUAGCUCUGAUUCUGUUCCACUGGUAUGGUUGCAUUUACACCUUUUACUGAGUGUGCUUCUACUAUGUUAGGGUAAUGUGUCGGUGCAGAUUCAUCUCUCUGGGGUCUAAAACUGGCGGUCUUGGCUGCUGUUAUGGCUACAGAGAAAGCUGAAUAGAGGUCUGGUCACAUGUGAUCAUCUGAGAGAGUAAUGAUGCAAGCUCUACAUGAGGGAAGCAAACUUACUCCUGACAUUGAGGAUCGAUCUCUAUAGACUAGCUCCCUGGCAUGCAGUUUUCUCACAGUUCCAUAGCAUGCAUUAGUGAUGUUUCGCUGGCACCUCUCCCUCCAGAACAUGGUGUUUGCUGUCAGAUCUGCAAAUGGGUUGGCCCAAAUAACUGUGAGUGAAAUGUUUUAAAACUCCCUGGACAGGGGUCUCUUGCAUUUAGUUAUUGCCUGGAUCAUCAUUUAUGUAAGCAGCCUGCUUCCUUUUUGCCUGAUCCUUACCUCGGGCUCUGGAUAACAUUCUGUUACAGCUGCUUAGACUUGGCAGCCCACACUGUUACUGGUGCACUGUUUCUCCGGGGAACUGAGCUGUGCAGUGCAAGCACUUCUGCUUUCCCUACUUAUGUCCAGAGUUGCACCUUGUACAACACAAAACAUGACAGUUCUUUCCGGAGCAGGACUGUGACCCUCAGAACUGCACACAGAAUUAGGCAUCCCUUCUUUGGGUGAUUCUUAUUUUCAUUCUUAGUGGCACCUUAAAUUCGUUUGUCCAUCGAAAUGUCAUCCCUUCAUAACCGUCUGCACUUUCCCCUUCCAAGAACCAAGUUUAUAGGGCUAGGAGAACUUUAAUUUAAAAGUUUUUUUUAAAAAAUGUGCCAUCAUUUCUCCUGCAGAACCAGAAUUGGAGACUUGAAACUGUGAAAACAUUUAUAGUCUCACUGUUUUCUAGUGCCUUAUGCUUAUGAAUGUUGUGUAAUGGAUGCAUCUGAUGCAGGAGAUAGCCACAAUCAACUGUGUUAACAUGAUUCCUCAGCCAUUACAAACCACCACCUCUCCCCUUCCAAAGAGAAUGUGUUUCAGCAGAUGGAUGUAAAUGGAUCAUUUCUAGGAGUACAAAUUAUGCUUUUAAUUGCUUUGAACUCUUGGGAUGUAGAAAAUCUCAGUGUUGUUACUGUAAGAUAUUGUACCAUAUUGUCUGCAUUUGCGGAGAGCAGCAGCCUCACCUCUCCUACAGCAUUUAGAAUGAGAACUUAUUUAUGGAGACACAGAAACCCCUUUAAUAAUUGGAGCCAGUUCUGGGAGACCUAAAUGUCUGUUCCCAAGUGCACGAGAAAAGGUGGGCUUGCUGUUCUCCACCAAUGCCAUGUUAUUACCUACUUUGUAUGCUGCAUUUAUAUCAUGCUGAGUUUCAAUUAAUAAUUUCCGUCCUUGUUGGUUUACAGGUUACUAGGUUUCUAUAUUAAUAAAUAGACAUUUUAACUGCU